AUGAGGGAGCAACCAGAAAGGAAACCAGCGGCCCGAGCCCUUCGAAAGGCUACCGAUUGGCGCGGGAUGGUUUGGAACGAGAGGAAAGAUGGUGAGAUGGUGUUCUCAGGAGACGGGGCCUUUGGGGAGAGGGAUGUGGAGUGCCAACUGCAACUGCAGCUGCAUGAACAAGCUGGAGACUUGAUACCUAGACAACGAAUGGCCGGUAACGGACGAAAAGUGAGUGUCGUGUCCAUCGGUAAGAAGAUCAGCACAUGCACAUGCCUGGUGGAUGAGCACGGGGAAGUGGAUACCGCGUUCCCCAGGGACGAGGGGAGACGAGGGGAGACAGGGAAUGAGGAAACGGACACACGCCAUGGUGUGACGACAUGGGGCUUGCCGCCGCAGAGACGCCGGCGGGCGGCGGCGGGCUUUGACGGACCACGACCCACGCCGAUCACCCUCCCUCCCUCCUCUCCGCCGUCAAGCGACCAUCGCGCACUUGGUAGCAACGGCGGCCCGAUGAGCUUGUCUCCCACUCGCGGCAAAUGGUGGAAUCCGGGGAAACAAGGCGAAGAAACCUUCUCUGGGGCCGCUGGGGCCGCUGGGGCUUCUAGCGCCUCCAUGUCUCUCCGGAUCAAGGGCCUCGCUCAGAUGGAGGCGUCCUGGCGCAUCCUUCCUACGAUGCAUGGCGGUCUUGGAAUCCUCGGCCGCCGGACGCGUCAACCUACAUACAGAAACGGCUGUCAACGAAUAGAACAGUACGAAAGCAGGUCGUUCCCAAAAGAUGCCGCUGACCCCCUCUUUGCAGCCAACGAAACGGGAUCUACCUAUUGGAUCCUGAGCUACUGGAUUGUGCUGAGUAGGCAAUUGGGACGACCGACGUCAUGGGGUACCGAAGGCAACUUGGCAGGGCGGAAUUCCUUCUUGCUUUCGUCGUUGGGAUUCUUUGCAGCGAGGACGCAGCAUUCCUUGGUUGAAGCAACCCGGCACUCGCCCGAAGCCCGCUGCGAAUACGGAUACCUAGUUAUUCCGGACUUUCCCAACUUGGUGUCCCUCGGCACAUCUUUAGUAGCUCUUGGCAUCCGUCACUGGCGCAACAUCUCCAUCCUCAUGAGGGGUCUUGAUCCGCACUCGGACUCCCUCCCCGCAUUGGAGUCUGACUCGGCGCCAGUCCCGGCGUCUGCCUCUCAUAAAACCAACAAUGCCCAUCUCCUGUGCGCAUCCAAGGCCCUCGCAGACUCUACCAUCGCUCCGCGUGAGGUGAUCUACACUACUUUCUACUCAGACCCCUCGAAGACGCCUUCCAAAGCAUUGGGUUUCUUGGGUCUUCAUUUUCCUUUGUCCUAUCGGUGGGCCGGGGCCACCUUCGAUCCCAAGGACGGGACAGUUGAAGAAGGCCAGACAUUGCGUGACAGCUACAUGAGAAACUGUAACGUACACAGAAACAAGGACAGCCCAGCUAGUCACGAGACAUCGCCCUCGGUGUUGCUUGCGGUUGCCGCAACGAGAAAGGGAAAUCUAUUCUCCAGAAAGAAGUUGAGCUGUACUCCGUACGUUGCUGCAAGCAUCGACGAGAGGGACCCGUGUCUCAAGAUUAUACGAUGCACUGGCAAUGCCCAGAUCAACUUUGGUUCAGAUGCAAGACAGUCGAUGUUUGCGACUCUGCGUUUCUCGGGCAACGAGCCGUACAUCUGCCGCUUUCGGGGCGGGAGGGGUGGAAAUACCGGGGGCUGUAGGGAGGACGAUGGCAUUCCUGCCUUUGGGACUCACACGAAAUCGGAAAUAACAACGUCCAUAGCUGAAAACAACGAGAAUAAGUUGGAACAGUACAGGAAAUCUGCGUGGGAACACGAUAAGCCCAUCUACUCACCUCAUGAGGAUAAUCACACAUUGCCAUGGUUGCCCCGAUCUAGGAAUGAUGUUGCCGUUGGCAUCCCAGAGGCCUGCAAAGUCAGAGUGCCCUGGGCAGAGAUGAUCUUUCUGGUUCGAAGGCUGGAUACUGAAGCCGACCAUACCAGCCAGACCAGUACACUGUUCUGGCAGCCAGUGGAACUCCCAACAAUGCAAUGCAAUCCAACUGUGAUCCCGCACAACAUGCUGAACCCAACCUCCACACUCACCCAGUUCGAGAUGACAACAUCUUAA